GUCUGGCUUUUUUGGGUGCAGGUGAGCAGGCCAGUAUGUGUGGAUGUGCCCUCCGAAACAGAGGCAGUCGUUGGGAACCCCAUGAAACUGACCUGCAUCUCCUGUAUGAAGAGAGAGGAGGUCAACGCGGAGACACGCGUGGACUGGUACUAUAUCCCACCUGACGAAGAACCCAUCCCUAUCUACCUGUUUGAUGGACAACCCAGGGAGCUGGAGGGGCCUUGGAGGGGUCGCCUGGUGUGGAAUGGAAGUAAAGACCUGCAGGAACUCUCCAUCCGUAUCCUCAACGUCACAAUGAACGACACGGGCACCUACAAGUGUGUGGUCUUCCGACAGUUUGAGUUUGACUGCUACUCUCCCUCGGUUACCAACAGCCUGGUCAUCAACCUGGUGGUCAGAGAGGAAGCCAGUGACGACACCACUGCCCUGUACUCGGAGAUCAUGAUGUACGUCCUGCUGGUCUUCCUCACCUGCUGGCUCCUGGUGGAGAUGGUCUACUGCUACAGGAAGAUCUCCAAGUCAGACGAGCAGGCCCAGGACCCCGCGACAAACUACCUAGCCAUUCCCUCAGAAAAUAAAGAGAACCUGGGUGUUCCAGUUACAGAAUAA